UAGUACGUUGUAUUUGACAGCCACAAAAUAGAAUUUUGUUUUAUUUAUUUAAACCAUUUCAAACCAAACAAAGAGGCUAAUUAGUGCAAUUUUGUCGUAAAUAUCUAACUUAAACGUAAAUUGAUUUAGAAAAUGACUACUUUGGAGGAUAAAAUUCUGGGUGAAAAGUUGGAGAACUAUUGCAGUUCCAGUGAAGACGAAGCCGAAUACGAAGAUGCGGACGAUGAACCGAGUAGCAGUAAACCAGCGAGUGAGCCUUCAGCUUCGACCUAUGCAGAAAAUUGGUCGGGGACUUCAGCCAACACAGGACCGAAAGGUGUAAUAAAAGAUUGGCAACGAUUUAAGCAGCUUGAAAGUGAGAAGAAUGAAGAAAAAGAGCGUGAACGGUUGAUGUUGAUGAAAAAACUGGCAAUAACGACCAAGACCAAGGCCGAAGACGAAAAGCAGAAAGAAGACGAUGAAUUCGACGCUGAAUUUGACGAAUUAUUGAAUUCGGACGCAAUGUUGGCAUUCCAACGGGAACGCAUGAUGGAAAUGUUGAAAGUUAAUGGUCAACUGAAGACUUUCGGACAAGUCAUUUCGUUGCGCAACGGUGAUGAGUUCCUGAAUGCGAUUGAUAUGGAAAACAAAAACACAACCGUCAUCGUGCACAUUUACGAGAAUAAUUUGGCAGCCUGCGAAAUGAUGGACAAAUGUUUGCAUACGCUUGCCAAAGAGUACGUUUACGUUAAGUUCUGUAGAAUUGCCAGUUCCGUUGCCGGAAUGAGCAAGCAUUUUAAGAUCAGUGGCAUUCCAGCGCUACUGGUGUACAAAGCGAAAAAUUUAAUCGGAAAUUUCGUCCGCGUAUCUGACGAACUUGGUGGCGAUGUAUUUUUUCCGUCUGAUGUGGAAAGUUUUCUGAUUGAAAAUGCUAUGCUUCCGGACAAGACUCAUGUGCCUGCUCUUGUCAACAAUGUGAAUGAUGACAGCGAUGAUGAGUAAUUCAUCGCGUUCGUAUUGGAACUGAGAAUGUGUUCGCGGCUACAAGCUGCUGUAACAUGAUUAUAGUUGCGCUAUUGCAUUGCAUUUAUAUUACACGUAGCACUCUACUGAAUCAUUAUUUUAUAUUUCGUACCAUUUACAUCUAUUUAAUAAAAAAGAGAUCGUUCCGAG